AUGACGCGACACGCUAAGAACUGCACAGCUCAUACGGUGUACACGUACUAUGAGCGGAAGAAAGAUGCUUUACGAUCCGGGUACGGUACACAAGAAGUUAGACUGGGAAAAGAUUCUAUCCGGGGUUUUGACUGUUGCUGUCUCACACUGCAGCCUGCAAAAGAUCCGGUUGUAACCACGGACGGAUUUUUGUAUGAUCGUGCCGCAAUUUUGGAAUAUAUCGUCAACCAAAAGGCUGAAUACCAGCGCAAGCUGAAAUUGUUUGAAAAACAGAAGGGGCGUGCAGAAGCUGAAGCUAGAAUGCGCACCAAAGCAGAAAAAGAUGAAGAAGCACGCCGUUUCCUAUCUCUUAACACUUUGGAAACGCAUGCCAAAGCUUCAGCACAAGCUGCUGAAGCAGAGGCUUUGGCUUCCGUCCUAAGUCUUCGCGAAUCUUCCGAUAAACCUGCGUUAAAAGCAGCUAGCUUUUGGACCCCCAGCACCUCAAAUGGAGCAAAGAGUGAAAGUGAUGAUUUGGUGAAGCCAAAUCCCGUAGUUCGAUGUCCGAUGAGCGGCAAGCCACUUAAGUACAAAGAUCUGGUCGCCGUAAAACUAACAAAAUUCGCUGAAGAUGAUCAGGUUUUGACCAACAAAUCCAAAAAACCUUCUGGCACUGCUGAGACACGAUACUGUUGUGCCGUAUCAAGAGAUUUAUUGACAAACGCGACACCCCUGGUCGUGCUCAAGACUUCUGGUGCAGUUGUGACCAAAGAGGUGGUGGACACGGUCAUUCGUAAGGAAAUGGUGGACCCAUUGAAUGGAAAACAAAUGCAAACGUCCGAUUUCAUCGAAUUACAACGAGGAUCUCUGGGAUUUGCAGAUGAGCGAAAUAUUCUCACUGCAAAACGCCAUCGCCCAUCCAUGCAAACGUGA